AUGGCCCAAAGCACAACUAUACAGGUUGCGACCGGGGACCAGGUCCCGGUCUCGCGCAGCUCCAAGCGAUUUGUGCCAAAGGACCUGUCUGGCAAUCCAAUCCCACAGAGCAAAAGAUGGCUCUAUUCAACGGCCGCCUCCAAACACGGAGGCGCCCUCCGGUCGUUUACCAUUGAUGCAGUCAUAGUGGGCAGCUUUGUUGCCUUCAACGCGUCCCAACUCGGGCGCAACUUUUACGACGGCAUCGAGACGCACUACGGCGAAUGGAACGUGAAUUUCUGGGGCACCUUUCUCAUCACGUCCAUCUUCUUCUGGGUCUGGGGCGCCGUGUUUGCGAUCCCCGAUCUCACCGGCCACCCGGCGUGGCUGUUCAAGUACAAGACGCAGCCGUUUGUCAGAGUCGACCUGCGACAGUACGCCCACAUUGCCCUCAUCUCGCUGAGAAACCAAGUCCUGGUCGCCGGGCCGCUGCUCCUCGCGACCAUGUACAUCGGCCCUGUGCGGCCCGUCGGCUCGGCGGCGUUGCCGGGCAAGCUGGAGACCGUGGCCACCAUCCUCUUCGACGUGCUGUGUACCGAAGUCGGAUUCUACUAUAUUCACAGAUUGCUUCACACCAAGAGGCUCUACUCGCUGUUCCACAAGCAACACCACGAGUUCACGGCGCCGGUAGGUCUCGCGGCCACGUACUGCACCGUGACGGAGCACAUCUUGUCCAACCUGCUCCCCAACGUCAUCGGCACUUUGAUUGUGAGGCACCACUGGUCGCAGGUCGUCUUUACAUUCGUCUUUCUCGAGUUUGGCACCAUUUGCUCGCACUCGGGGUACAACAUUCCCUGGGUGCACUCGAACCUGCAGCACGACUUUCACCACUUUGCCUUUGACGAAAACUUUGGCCCGGCGGGGCUGCUGGAUGCCCUUCACUCGACCGACAGAAAGUUCAAGAAGGCGUUGGCCGAGGCGAGGCAUCGAGUAGGAGGGGACGACGAAAAGGCCCGUCAGCUCGUGCUCGAGAAUCUGGCCGCUCUGGAAGUGCAGGCCAAAUAA